GUCUCCACAAACCAUGGAGAGACGUAUCAGCGCUAUUCGGCAUCAGUGAUGACUCGCGGCGUGGGGACUCUCCGCUGGAAGUCACCGGAGUCAGUACGUGGCGAGCAUUACAAUGAGAAAGCCGAUAUCUACAGCUAUGGCGUUGUGCUUUGGGAGAUCUUCACCAGGCAAACGCCAUACGGACAUCUGAAGCGUGAGACUGACGUGGAGAAGGCAAUAGAGAAUGGUCACCAGCUGCCUAUUCCACCCGCUAUGCCCUAUGACUAUCGUCAUCUGGUCGAGGCCUGCUUGAGACCAAAAGCGGCCAACCGUCCGUGCUUCAGUGAUAUCCUCCAUGACCUGGAAGUUCAACAAGUGAAUGCUUGACCAUGUUAUCUCUCAGUACAGCGCAGUGCGUAACACUGCCCCUGCUUUUAGUCACAAAGAAAUGUUGCAUGCCCUUUCUGGCUGGUGCAGCUCGUCUGCCCGUGACUGGGCUCGAGACUUUUAUCUGGUCGAUUCCCGUCCAUGUCGGCGAGACGGUUUCAAUGCCUUCUCCCUCAUCUGCCACAGUUUCCUAGGGUUCACAGUCAUAUUACUCCACUUUUAUCUAGCAUGAGCAUAGAUUCCCUCGUCAGUGUACCCUAUAGUGGUGGAAUGACUCUAUUUGCUGACAAUUCCAAUCUUCUCUGCUGCUCCGUGCCUGACGCGUCCAGAUCGAUACACACUGCAUCCCUCCAAUCUGAUCUGGCCCGCUGUCUGCCCUGGUCUAGUGACAUCUCGGCUGUACCCCCACUAUGUGUUAUCACCUUUGCCCCAACCACAGCUACUUCUGGGACCGUUUCCAUGAACAGCGAUCCCUAUCUACCAUUAUAUCCGUGUCCUAUUAUCCUCCACUUUGAAUUUUCUGAUCAUAUUGUUGCCUUUUAAAUUUCGUUCUCUUGUUUUUCUCCUUCGGAAUAUGUCGCAUUUCCUCCCACUUUCCACUAUCAGUGUCACAAGUUUAUACAAGUGUUAUGUCCGACCCCUCCUGGAGAAUGCCAUGCCGGUUUGGAAGUACUCGAUGAGUAGAAGUUUUGCUUCCAUACUCGAUCAACUUCAAGCCACGGCCGCUGGGUCAAACUUGUCCUGCGUUUUAAAAGUCCAUAAAUCGCUGCACUCUCUUCUGCAAAUCCUCCUACUUGUACUCUCAAUUUUUACACUCCUUUGAAAGCUAUGAUGUCAAGAGGUGUGGCACGUCCAAGCUACAUGUAGCCUUUCUGCGCCUGUUACUACAAUUAUGGCC